AUGGUGCAGGAGCAUAGUUCUCGAACUGGCUAUGGAGGAGAAGGUGUUGCUCAUAGACCUUCUCGUCACAAUGACUACAGUUAUGAAAGAAAUACCAAACAGCCUUCAAACUAUUAUGAAAGCCAUAGCCGUGAUUACAAUUACACUUCUGGUUCUAUACGUCCUCAUUCUUCAAUGGAGGAAGUUCGCCCUCGCAGUACUGAACCUUUCGUUCAACGAUCAAGAGCUCGUGUUGAUCACGAGAAUUAUAAUCGAAAUUAUUCACAAUGGCAGGAGCAUAGUUCUCGAACUGGCUUUGGCGAAGGUGCUAGUAGUUCUGUCAGGAAUUCUCGUGGACUGUCUGACACUAGAACAUCAACUGUGGCAUCCAGGGGAUGCGAGGUUGAUAGAGGGGAUGAUCGGAGGAUGCCUUCUAGAUAUGGCAAGGAUUACACAUCCAGGGAUCAUCCACGCUCUGCGUCAGAUGAUGCACAUGAAGAAUCACACCGAUCUGAUUACCAUCACAGUCGUGUGAAAGAUGGUGGCUCAAGCAGCAGAAGAGGUUCACGCAAAUAUCACAAAGGUGAAUUUGGUUGUUGUUAAUUAUAUCUCUAUAUAUUUGAGCUUGGUGUGGCACAACUUGUAUAUAUAUAAACUGAUCCUCAAGAUGGAUAAUUACUGCAUGCUAUGUAGGAUGACUGGUGCAGCACCAUCAGGCACUCUUAACUAAUUCAGUGUUGAAGUAGGCUCUCCGCAUUUAUUACUUGGAGAACUUCAGAAAAAGUUUUAGCCAUUCAGAUUUUGAACUGAUUGUGCUAUCACAUAAUAUGAUGUUCAGUAAAGUGAUCUGAUAGAGAUGGACAAAGUGUGUUUUGCAUAUAGUCAGAUGUUUUAAUAUAGGAGAUGUUCUAAAGCCUAUUUUUUAGAUAACGCUAGCUGAUCGUAAGGUAAUGGAUAUUCUCGCUCUAUGGUUCAUAGAAUGCCUCAGAUCAGAUCAGAUCAGAUCAGAUCAGUUGAAAAAAGCUCACUGCUUGGGUUACACCUGCAUGUUCUUUUUGCAUGACUAAAUGGAAAAGUAAAUGUCGCAGUUCCAUUCAAAGGAGUUUUUCGAUUUUCGCGUUCUGGUUAUUGGUGACAUAUUGACAGGAUUCCUUGUUUCUUUCAACUAGAAAUUUGGAUCAGUGUUUGCAGAUGUAUGAACCAAUGAAAUGUUAUGCAAAAAUGAACUCCACAGAACUUGGAUUCGUGCUCUCGGCAUCAUGUCCUAGAUCGAUUCAUGAAUACAACAAUGGAAUGCUUGAUAGUUACGAAAACUGUGAUAAGCAGUUUGGCUGCAUGUCUGUCACAGCCAAAAUUGUCCUUCAACUACAGAAAACACAAAAGAUGCUGACAGACUGCUUUCCAGUAACAUCGUAACCCUUGCUUCUGUUAACUCGUGCCUGG